UGUAACCGCUCGAUUUUCCAUACCCUAGCUUCCUUAGGCUUGAACUUGCUGAAAUUGUGGUGGGACUCCUUGCCAGUCUUGAAAAUCUAAAAUCAGAGUGCAUUCAGCAUCAGUGCUAACAAGCUUAGCACUGAACUUUGUUCUUUUGUCAGUGAAAAAGCCCCCUGAACGAUGGGUGAGACAUUCUCCCAGCUGGGCUCUCAGGAGGAUGAAAACAAGUCAAUCCUGCCCACCGACCCCGCCACUGGCAGCAAGGCUGCCAGCUAUGCCAGCAACAGUAAUAGCAAGUCUUUUUCUUCCUGUGCACCUUGUGAAAGGGCUGCUGGUGCCAGCUUUGUGACUUGUCUCACCUGCCAGGGCAGCGGGGAGAUUCCUCAAGAGCUAGAGAAGCAGCUGGUGGCUCUCAUUCCCUAUGGGGACCAGAGGCUGAAGCCCAGACACACGAAGCUCUCCGUGUUCCUGGCAGUGCUUGUCUGUCUGGUGAUUUCCUCCCUCUCCGUCUUUUUCCUGUUUCCCCGGUCUAUCACCGUGCAGCCUGCAGGCCUCAACUCCUCCAGCGUGGCCUUUGACAAGGCUGAUAUCCAUCUCAACGUAACGAAUAUCUUGAACAUCUCCAAUAGCAACUACUACCCCAUCACUGUGACCCAGCUGACCAUCGAGGUUCUGCACCUGUCUCUCGUGGUGGGGCAGGUCUCCAACAGCCUGCUCCUACACGUCGGCCCUUUGGCCAGCAAACAGAUGGUUUAUGCAGUAGCCAACGAGAUCUGGGAUGAAAACACAUACAAAAUCUGUACCUGGUUGAAAAUCAAAGUUCACCAUGUGCUUUUGCACAUCCAGGGCACCCUGACCUAUACUUACCUGAGCCAUUCAGAGCAGGCUGUCUUCCAGAGCUACGAAUACGUGGACUGCCGGGGAAACAUGUCAGGGGCCCACUUGCUGGACUCUCACCCCCCGUGACCUCUCUGCUGUCUUCAAACUCCAGGCACCUGCCAGCCUGGUCUCUAUCUCUCACAACUCCAUGGUGAUCAAGGAAGGACUAUGGUGACUUCGCCAAAGGAAAAUCACUGCUUUUUAUCAUACCCUCCACCCGUACCACACACGCACUCACACACACCGUUAGCACAGGAAGCUUUCUGUGGAAGUUCACACACAUUCACGCACGCACACACACCCCUGAUUUCCACAGGAAUGGAAGGCUGGCUCUUCUAGUAGCAGGCUUUUCCCUUGGUCUGUCUUGAGGGAAGUCUGACUUGACAUUUCUUCGGAGGUACUUGAGUCCCUGGAAUGGACCUUGCCCUGUCUGUUCUGAAUGCUUUGGUUGCCCAGCUUCUCAGGGCUGCUUGAAUGUGGAGAAAGCUUUAGUUUUAUCUGGCUUUAAAAACAUGAGUCUUUUUCAAGUUUUCCACCCAGUGAUGGGAAAGCGACUUGGAAGACAUACAGUGCUGUCUCUGUGGCCUUUUUUGGGUACAUAGAUAUUCUCCUGUGCCUCCUUGCUUUGUUUGUGUGACAAAAUGAUGGUCUGCUUCUCUCCUGGUAACUCGCCCCUUGCCCAUCUGCCAGCAGGAUUGGCCAAGGCCCUUUGGCUCUCUAUCCUUCCUAAUUAAAGAUCGUCCUGGUUCCUAGGAAGACUGAGUUGUUCUCCAGUUCAAGCUUCUCUCUAUAGAAGUUUUAGUAUUCUCUUUACAGCCAAAGCUAAAGUAAUAGAGGAGAGGAGGGAGGCACCAGGCACCCUUCGGGCCUCCACAGGAAAAACAGACUAAGCCAGAGUCAUUUUAAAGGAUGUUUAUUGAAGGAGAGCUUCUGGCUGGUGGUGAGCCCACAACCCUGAGCUCAUGCGAUUGGACACAGGCAGGUCAAACAGUGGGCCCAGCUGCUCUCCCCAUGAAAGCCUGCAGAUGUGAAGCAGUCAGUACCCAGCCAAGCUGCUGCACUCUGCUGCACCAGGGCCCACCCUCUGCUCCCAGAGACCUCUGCUUUCCUUCAGGCAUUGACAGCAGGAGCAGCACAUCAAGUAAGGACUGAUCUAGACCCUCACCUCUUUGCUGUCACUUAGAUGAAGCUAAGCCCCAGAUAUUCCAGGUGCCACUGGGCUCCAGAUAGAGGCGGUUUCUGUUCUUCAGCCAAAUGGGAAUGGUAUUUGCUCACUAAAGGUGGCUAAGGUUUUUAUCACUCCAACAAGCAGAGACAUGAGCUUAGGUGGUGGGGAAAGCUGAAUUUUGAAGUAAGAUGGAUAGAGAGGGGAAAGUGAUGACAGAACCUGGUGGUUAGCUGGCUGGGGAACAAGAGGAAGGAAGAUUAUGCUGUCUCCACACUUUAAUGUCUGGGUAAUUGGGGUCAAGGUGGUGUUGGCAAGAGCUCAGAAGUUCAGGAAGCUCAGGCUAGAGCUUGUGUUGUGCACAGGUCACCAAAUGUAAAGAAUUUAUAUUGUAUUCAGUAAACUACAGUCA